UCACCUCCAGCUCCCCUUACCCCCAUCCUUCCUCCUGCCUCACCCCGUCCGGCCGAGAACAGCCCCACGACGCUCUGCUCUUUCUUCCCCCGCAUGGGUGCCCUACGCCUGGGCGUGUCCGCUACUCUGCUCCCCGGCCUUAAGGCAGCGAACAGGCCUCCUAACUCCCAAGCCCUUGGGCAGCGCCCGGGGGAGCCCAUGGCUGAGUUAGCGCCCCCAGUGAUGGCUCCCUCUCCCCCUCCCCGUCCCACGCAGGACAUGAACCGGCUGGGCGGGGCCUCGCGACGGGCCCGGGUGGAGGGGGGACAGCUCGGCGGAGAUGAGUGGACACGGCACGGGUCUUUCGUCAACAAGCCAUCCCGAGGCUGGCUCCAUUCGGACAGCGUGGUCAGCACCACGGGGGUCUCGUACACUGUCCGGUAUAUGGGAUGCGUGGAGGUCCUGCAGUCCAUGAGAGCUUUGGACUUCAAUACUAGAACUCAGGUCACAAGGUAAGAGUGUGUGUGUCUUGUGCCUGUGUGUGUCUGAUCCGGUGGAUUUUUGGCUCCUUGCCCCCAGCCCGCGGCGAGGUGCCUGUCCUCCAUCCUGGGGAAGAGCAACCUGCAGUUUGCCGGCAUGACAAUCAGCCUCACCGUUUCCACCAGCAGCCUCAACCUGAUGGCCAUGGACUGCAAGCAGAUUAUCGCCAACCAUCACAUGCAGUCCAUCUCUUUCGCUUCUGGAGGAGACCCAGACACAGCAGAGUAUGUAGCUUAUGUAGCCAAAGACCCCGUCAACCAGAGAGCCUGUCACAUCCUGGAGUGCUCCGAGGGCUUAGCUCAGGAAGUCAUCAGCACUAUUGGUCAAGCCUUUGAGCUGCGCUUCAAGCAGUACCUGAAGAACCCCCCGAAGCUUGUGACGCCCCACGACAGGAUGGCUCCGUUCGAUGGGUCGGCGUGGGAGGAGGAGGAUGACGAGUGCCAGCCUCCCCCAGAGGUUCCCUAUUACAACAACUUCCCUGGCAAACAGCCCCCUCCGGGCGGCCUGGUGGACAUGCGGAGCCGGGCAGGCCACACUCCGGGGGCUACACUGCCAUACGGUCAAGCAGGACAGAAUGACGUGCACAAGCAGCCCCUGCCACCUCUCCCAGCGGGGGUAAAGGAGGGCGGCCGUGACCUGUUCGACGACCCGUCUUACGUUAAUGUGGACAAGCCCCGCCCACCCACCUCUGCCGCUAACGGCAACGCCCACCGAGAUGCGUUUGAUAUGAAGCCGUUUGACGACGCGCUGGGCGUCUCCGUGGGGGGGGCGGCGCUCCCCAUGGCCGAGCAGCUGCAGGCCGAGCCCUGGUUCCAUGGCAGCCUGAGCCGAAGGCAGGCUGAGCGGCUGCUGACGAAGGACGGCGACUUUCUGGUGCGGGAAUCGGGAACCACGCCGGGACAGUACGUGCUGACAGGCCAGCAGGGCGGGCAGCCCAAGCACCUGCUGCUGGUGGACCCCGAGGGAGUGGUUCGCACCAAAGACCACCGUUUUGAGAGUGUAAGUCACCUAAUCAGCUACCACAUGGACAACCGCCUACCCAUCCUGUCUGCAGGGAGCGAGGUCUGUCUGCUGCAGCCGGUGGAACGCAGGUCCUGACCUGCCAGGGUGUUGCCAUGGAUCCCAAAGUAUCCCUCCCUGUCCCCACCCCUCACCCAGCAUCACUUGAGUGUCCAGAUCACUAUUUGUAAUUAAAUUGUGACUUUCCCACCUUAUUGUACCGUUGCCGCUGGGAAAGAGGAAUGCCCUCGAUGUCAUCAGAACGGAUUGCAGCAGAAUAUGGGCAAAGAAUAUGGGCAAGUGCUCCACCAUCCCAGCGGUAUAGUCUGCAAGAAUUUCAUCAUCAAGGAACUUCAACACAGCCGAAAAGACGUGCAGGGCGUUGCUUCCUUGGAUGCCUCUGUCUGCCAUGUACUCUUGAGCUCCGUAGCAGUUAGGCUCAGGGCCGUUCAAUCGCCGCAUCCCUGGAAUGACUCUAAAGACUAGCGCAAAAAAAAAUAAAAAAUAACCGGCAGCAUUAGUGUGAUGGGAGUGUCAGCGUUAUAUCCUCCCUGAGCGAAACGGAAUCACUCCAAAGACUAAACUUGUGACAGGUUAGUGUUGAAAUGGGGAUUGUAAGGGUGCUUCGUGUUCACUGUGUUGAGCUGAGAUUCAGGUAAAGACACGCCCACAUUUAGCAGCACUUUCGGGAGCGCAGUGCUGCACGGCUUCCCUUCAAGGCCCCGGAGACGCGCCUCUGAAUGAACACAGCCCUGGGGGACACCCAGGCCCCCCCCCACCUCUGAUGUAAUGGGGAGGUGACCGCCAGCCGGUCGGCCCGGUGUGGAUUGAUGCCAUAAAGGAGCCAUGAUAGCCAUGCUGAUGAGGAUGGGUUCAGUACAGCAGGACAUUCUCUCUCUCUACACGGGGACUUUAUUGGCUCCUUUAUGAAAACUGAGUAUUGUUGGAUUUAAACAGGAACACUAAAUUUGGAUGUGAUCUCAGGUUUGCCACAAGGGGUGGUACAUGUGUGAGAUGGCAUGAGCAGUCGAUUAUCCAGCCUUCGUCUGCUUUUGGAGUAGCCUAGAGGUAUAGCCAAGAUGGAGUCUCAGGCUCCACGACACAGGGACUCCUGAGUGAGGUGGUGCUCUCUACUGGUGGUUCUGAGCAUGGCUGCAGUUGAGUGUCUGCCAGCUGCCGUUUUGGCAGACUCGCCAUAACCCAGUCUGACAACUGAAAAUGAGAGAGGCAGCAGUGAGUCCUGUAGGUUUGCAGAGGUAUGGGGGCACGGCGAGGCCCAGCCACGCGUUAGCGCUGCGGAUUUGAUGCUUGCCUCUGGUACAGUGCCAGACUGCUGCCCAAUGCUGGCAGCUGGAGGCUUUGUCUGCCUGACAUGGAGCCUGUUUUCUUACAGUUGCUCCCAAAGACAGCUGGGUUUUUAACUGGGUAGAUUUGG